AUGAGAAAGGAGCUGGAAAAAUAUGGCAUUCAAAUGCCAGCAUUUAGCAAGAUUGGAGGAAUUCUGGAGAGUGAGGUGGGUUAUUGUUGUUUAAUUUGCUUAAGAGAGUACACUGUAUUGGUCUUACUGUACCUAAAUAAUGGGAGAUUAUAUCUUAGUAAGAUUUGAGCCCUAGGGAUUGAUCAUUAUUCACAAGAGGUUUUUUUACAAUUUUUUACUUUUUUGUUAUCUAGAUGCCUGUUGACGAAGCUGCUCGUAAGUUAUGAUCCAUCAAUUAAAAUGAAUGCUGUACAAAAGUGUAUAAUAUGUAAAUGAAAUAAGUAUUGCCUUGACAAGAUGCAAUGAGUGCCCCCCCCCCCCCCCCGCUCUAUUUGGGCAGCUGACAUGGGACACUUGCCCCUGUUGCUCUUCACUGACAGGACCAGCUAAGCAGAGACAAGCUAAUUUAGGCACAUCUUGGAAUGAAGCUUUGCUUAUUUUUAAAUUGAUAUUUAUCUGAAAACGUAUUUAAAAAUGCAAAAUUAAUGUGAAUUUCUUAUGUACACUACUUUGACCAAGAAGCAUAUUAUGCAGAAGAACUUGUCAUUGUCAAUGUUUUUUACUGAGGAAGUAAGCUUUGAACUUCUUGGGGCACCCUUCUUUGCAAUCCUCAAGCAGUAAUGUCUUCUUAGAUUGUUCAUAUAUAAAUUUAUAAUUUAAUUUAUGAUUUUCUGUCAUUGAAGUGCAUGCUGCCAUCAUUGUCAUUAACGAAGCCAUCGACCACGGCAUUGCUAAAGAAACAUUUGAAGCAUUGAGAAACCCCAAUGCUCAUCUGACGGACCUUGACGUCAAGAACAUGGACGAAUACCAAGAUCUGUUGUACAAAGCUAAGGGAUCAAAAUGUCAAACUGCUUUGCUCAGGGUUAGUGAGCACACUAUGCAUGCUACAUACAAAUUCCUGCAGUCUCAAAUACCCUUAAACUUUCUUGAAGAGGACGCAGUGAAAAGAAAAUCAUGCACUAGCCAAUUUGCUAUUAAAUGGUCAUACAUAUCUCAACCUUGAAUGUCCUUGAAUUUGAAUGUGUAAAGAAGCUAGUACUUGAAAGUCCUUAAAUAUAUCUUGCUUUAGUUUAUGGAUAUUUUCUGAAAUUGUUUGACAUUCAAAAUGGACAUUUUGUUGAAUUUAUUUUGCAUGCUACUGUAAUAUUUAACAAAACUGUUUGAAAUUCAUUAAAGUUGCGCCCUUUUUGAACAAUUCAACGUCACAUUUUACUGAUUUGUAACACCCACUCUUAAGUAUUUAGUCCUUGAAUUCGCUGAUAUAUGGCCUUGGGAGUCCUUGAAUUUGACUCUUUCUGACAUGUACGAAUCUUGGAGGAAGUUUAACUGUACAACAAGCUGCUGACGUUUGUGUCUGAAUUGAAAAAGACCAUUGUUCAAAGCAUACAAGUAUUUUGAAACUUGGCAAAGAUCAGAGCUGCUUAUAAAGUAGUAUUUCUGCCACUUUAAAGUUAUGUACUAUGCAAUACAAUACAAUACAAUACAAUACAAUACAAUACAAUACAAUACAAUACAAUACAAUACAAUACAAUACAAAGCUCUAUACCGUACAUACAUUAUUGCAUUUUUUCCGUAUAGUCGCCAGGAAGCGAAGAUGUUUAUGACAAAAUGUUGACGCAAGCUGAAGUACAAGGGAACAUUGCAAUGGCGAACGAAAUUGUCCGCAAGAAAGACCUCGAUAAUGCUGGUAAAUUUCGUUUUUUUCUGCCGUUGCCAAGCUGAUAAUUUGUCUCUAAUAUCGUCAUAAAACUAAUCAACCGUCAAGAUGAACUAACUAUGUAGUAUAUGCAACGGUUAAAACGCACAAGUUGUAACAAACCUGCAGUAGACUUGUAGCAAUGUUGUUUCAACAACUUAUCAACAGGAUGUGUUCGCACUGCUUGUUCCGGCCCAGCUUGUUGACAACUUGCUACAAGGUUGUUGAGCUCAACAGACUUGUUACAAGUUGUUCCAACAACUUGUUAUCGUUCCACAAUUCAACAAUUUGUCAACAAGUUGUGAGUGACAACCUUGUAGCAACUUAUAAAAUAACAGCGUUGUUACAACUUGUUGACAAGCUUGCCACAAGCCUGUUGCGAACACAUCUUGUUGACAAGUUGUGAGAUUUUUACGUGACUGUGUAGUUCGUCAAGCCUUAAAAUAUCGCUCAGAGAACCGUCUGACAAAAUGUUCGAUGAGUUUGGGUCGGAAAUAAGUAUGAAUGCAGACUUCCACAAGUUGGAAGUCAUUUGGAUCUUGGCAAUGAAUUUCCGAACCUCGCGGUGAAAAACCCCGCAUUUGUUUACACAUUUCCAAUUCACUUUUUAUACAUUACUCUGAUUUUCCAUUUAACAUGCGAACCUCUAGUCCUGGACUAGGGUACACUUUGAUUUACGUUGGACGAACUUCCAGUUUGGUCGGACACCAAUUAACCUUUCUCACGAUCGAUUUUCCGCCAUUUGGGGGUCCUACGUUCGGUCCGCACUACGAAAUACAACUUUUUAGUAUUGUACUAUUGUAGUUGUUUGUAUAAUGGUAAAUUCACAGUUACAACUUUUAAAAGUCGCCUUUCACGUUGUUUGAAUUGUCUAGAAACUUUCACGAGGGCAGGCAGUACCCCCCAAAAUGGCGGAUUUUGGUCUUCGGGAGAAAGAGUAAUGAUAGACUGGAGUGUCGAAACGUUGGGUCUUGAUUACAAUCCGACUGGGCUUUGUAAUCAUUUAUUUAAACCAGAGUAGCGAGCGAAACAUGAUUGAUAUACCUGGUUGCAGUGAACGAACAAACUUUAAAUACACCUAGGUCAGACAAAAUGUUCACUGGUUUCCUCUCUACGUCGGACAAUUUCACGAAUGGAUUGGGCACUAUAUGACCGACCGAUAUUUUAAGGCUUGGACCGUUUCUACUGCAAAUUUGGCCAAUAUUGUUUGAACCGUGGAGAGUUAAUAUGUCUACUUCAUUCUUCAGUUGCAGAAAUCAAUGCAGCUGUUGACAGUGAAGACUUGAACAGACUGCUGAAAGCAUUGUUAAACGAUCGAGCGAAAUUGAAUAAAGUGAUCGCAGAAAACGGCGAUUGGUAUCAACAGACAUUGUCUGAAGUCAAACAGGGGAAGGUAGCUAUGCAUGCUUUAAUACAUUUACAUCAGAUUUAUUUUGGCUUGAGGAGUUUAUAAAUGUUUUCGUGUUUAUUGGCGAGCUUCAAUCAGUGAACUCGAUUUAUUUUACUUUACUUUUAUUUUACGAUAGAAGACAUGGAGUUACUACUUAUAAUGAAACGAAUUCACAUUAUUUUGUCACUCUGAUAACUGCAGGUUGACCACCAUCAGCUGUACGAUGGUGCUUCUACCGAAACCCACAUUUGUACAGUAUAAUGAUGAUGCUUGUUCUUUUUAUAAAUUAGGGGAACGUACCAUUAACUCACGCUGAAAUUCUAGAAGGAAUAAUCAAUGCGAACACAAUUGGAGAACAAUUCAAAAUUUGUAAGUUUUUAACAUUUGCCAUGAUUUCUGUUUGAAGGAACUGAAAAAGAUUAAAACAAUUUGCAGGAUCGCGGGUUCCAUUCUUGCCAGAGGACCUAGUGUUGAAACGCCAGAACUCACUUUACAAAUGCCAGAACUCCCUUUUCAAAAGGCAGAACUUGGUUUUUUAAAUGCAUGAACUACCUUUUCAAAUGGCAAAACUCCCUUUUCAAAUGGCAAAGCUUUUCAAAUGACAGAAAUUGCUUUUCAAAUGCCCGAACUACCUUUCCAAAUGGCAAAACUGCUUUUCAAAUGGCAAAACUGCCUUUUCAAAUGGCAUAACUCCCUUUUCAAAUAGCAGAACUCUCUUUUCAAAUAGUAGAACUCCCUUUUCAAAUAGCAGAACUCCCUUUUCAAAUAGCAGAACUCUCUUUUCAAAUAGCAGAACUCCCUUUUCAAAUAGCAGAACUCCCUUAUCAAAUGGCAGAACUCCCUUUUCAAAUAGCAGAACUCCCUUUUCAAAUAGCAGAACUCCCUUUUCAAAUAGCAGAACUCCCUUUUCAAAUAGUAGAACUCUCUUUUCAAAUAGCAGAACUCUCUUUUCAAAUAGCAAAACUCCCUUUUCAAAUAGCAGAACUCCCUUUUUAAAUAGCAGAACUUCCUUUUCAAAUAGCAGAACUCCCUUUUCAAAUAGCAGAACUCCCUUUUCAAAUGGCAGAACUCCCUUUUCAAAUAGCAGAACUCCCUUUUCAAAUAGUAGAACUCCCUUUUCAAAAGCAGAACUCCCUUUUCAAAUAGCAGAACUCCCUUUUCAAAUAGCAGAACUCCCUUUUCAAAUAGCAAAACUCCCUUUUCAAAUGGCAAAACUCCCUUUUCAAAUGGCAAAACUCCCUUUUCAAAUAGCAAAACUCCCUUUUCAAAUGGCAAAACGGCCUUUUCAAAUGGCAGAACUCCCAUUUCAAAUGGCAGAAGUACAGUAUGCUCACAUGGACUAUCCAUCUAUACUCCCCAAAUAUUCAGUUUCGAUCCAGUAAAGUGCGGAAAAAAAUAGUUCACAAUAAGUUCACAAUAAAAUAUAAAUGUUUAGGAACGAACUUUCCCUAAGUCUCAUGUUAAUAGUAUAUUUUGUGUUCAAUAUAUAGACCAGAGUAAGACUUUUUUAAAUGUUUUUAUUACAUUAACAAACGACGUUAUAAUAUUACAAUUUGUAAACUUUUUACUACCUGAAGAUGGAGUGAAUCUCCGAAACGUUUGUUGAUGUAAUAAACACAUUAAAAAAGUCCUACUGUGGUUUAUAUAUUGAACACAAAAAUAAAAUAUAAGCUACUUUGCGCACAAUAUAAUAUUUUCAGUGCACGUUUCUUGACCAAGUAUCAAUGAACAUGCAUUUUAUUUCAGUGGAAACAAUAAUGAAAUCUUUAAACAAAGCUUUGGAGGCGGGAAACGUGUACGAAUGUCAUAGCUUGUUGAUGAAACCCGAAGCAUUGUUGCCAACUGUUCUCAACCGUAGUGCGUAUCUUUAUUACAAUGAGUUGAGCAAGGAAAAGAAGAAAAAACAGCAGGUAGGCAUAUUGUGCACAUUGCGAGUAAAAUUUGAAGCGCAGGGAUGAAGCUUUGGUAUCAUUUUAUGAAAUAUAAUGUACGGGGAAAAGGUCCGAAAGAUACUGACAAACUUGUGUUCAGAAACAAGUGUGUUCGCUCGCCAAGUUUUUAAACUUACUUUGAAGUGUUUUAAACACCUGUUAAACGAGGAUGAGAGUUCAUGAAUUGUCACAGGAGACAUUUCAAGCUCUACAUUAACAAAACAACGGUUUGAUGAGUGUUCCAACUAUAUUUUAACUUAUAAAUAGAGUACAUGAUAGUGUUGGAAAAGCAUAAAAAACAGCACAGCUAUAUCCAAGGUUGUGUGCCUGCCAACUCUCGUGCAAUCAAACUAUUGGGCUUUAAGUUAAGCUCAAGAUAAACGCGAGGAUGAAAGCUGGCUGUCACGCAUUGUUACAGUGGACAUUUCAAGCUCUAAAUUGACAAAAUAAAGGUUUGACGAGUGUUCCAACUAUGUUUUAACUUAAACAGAAUACAUGAUAGUGUUUGGAAAGCAUUAGGAACAGCUCACCAAGUUUGCGUGACCGCCAACACCCAUGCACUCAUUAUAAGGACUUGUAUAAUAUCAAGGACUUUCACUGCACGAUAUAAUCAUCUCCGAAACAAACCAGUAUUUAAAGAGAAAUUUAACACGAAAAUUGAGUUAAUUAAUAUAUGGGCGUUUAUUAGCUUCGUAUCAACAUGGAUAAUAAAAUAAAUGGAUAGGACUCUAGCUGACGUAAGCAAAGACAACCUAGUUGCAAUCUGUGACGUCACGCGUAUUGCAAAGUUCUCGGCAUUUUGUUGUUUCGCUAUACUUUCCGCUUUAAAAGAGUAAUAUUGAAGCAUAUACUGGUCUAAUUGUUUAAAAAACAUGCUUAAGCCACGACAAAGUAUUCAAGGUAAAUGUUUUUUCGUCUUUGUUUUGUAUUUUUUUACAUUUGUAGCUACGAAAUUGGCGUCCCCAAUUUUAACGAAAUUUGGGAUGCCUUUUUCACUGUUUAGUGCUUGAAAUAUUUGCUAAAAUUGACUGGGAAUACUUAGAGAUUUCAUCGUAGAAUGGCGUAGUUAUAUUCAUUUGCUCUUUGACUAAAAUGUUCAGCUGUAUUAAUGCUAAACAUGCCGUUUUUGAGAAUUUGGUUUGCAACUAGGUUUCAACAUCCAAUCACGCCAUCAGCCCAUUGAAAACAGUAGGUCACGUCAGCUAGUUUCCUAUCCAUUUAUUUUAUUAUCCAUGGUAUCAAGACAACGAUAGGUGCUGGCUUCCUGUGUGUUUUGCGCAUGAAUUAUUAGUGAGCUCGCGAAAUAUAUGUUUUUCUUACUUCGUUUAUAGAAUGGAAAAUUGUGGAACUAUGUAUGUCAAUUUACUCCUUCCAACUGCUACGACACUUUCUACACCUUUAAAUCAUACCUACACAAGACGUUCCUGCAACUAGCUGCUAAUAGCUCACACUUGUUGAUCACGACUAACUAAUAUCUUCGAGGUCAUUCGUUCUACCACUUCUCUCUUCUGUGCUUCUAGUUUUCCAUUCACCUUCCAUUUCUCUUGCUCUCCUAUACUAUCACAUCUAGUGGUGUGCACCAUGCAUGGGACUUCGUUUGUGUUUCGCCACGUUAAUUUGGCACCUUCUAUGGUUACUAAUCUCCAUAUUCGUGUUCAAUGUAAUUAUCUGUGUCAGCUAUGUGCAAUAUUCUCAAGUUAUCUAUGUGCCAACUUAAAGCUGUUGAAUGAAAUGGAAAUGAAAUAAUAUAUUUUUACCGAUGUACAUAUUAAUGGGAUCUUUGUGUUUUAGAGUGGUCAUUCAGCUAACCUAACACAUGGCGAGGUCACGGAACAUAUCAAAGGUACGUUGCAAAGCAUUUUUCUCACAUGUGACUGAGGUGAAAUUAUAAUCAGACAACUGUAUAUUGCAGGAAUUGAACUCCGGUCACAGAACUGAAACACACAUGCGCUGACUACUAUAUAGCACCAACACCUUAUCCGCCUUUUUGCUGUAUUCUAGUGUUAACAGCCAUUGCUAGUAUUAAUCAAGCAAUUGAACAAGGCAAUGCCUCUGAGCUGUGGAAAUGUCUGAAACAUGAGUCAGCCAAACUUGAGAAUAUCGAAGACGACGCUGUGAACAGAUAUCUGGAACAGUUGGUUGCCGUAAAGAAAGAAAAAGGACAGGUUGGCGUUGCUAAACUGACUUUAUUUAAUAUACUGGAUAGCUCUAUCAGUUCUAAACUGUUCUCCCUAGAGGUCCAGUAAGGAUCAUCUCUUAUUGAUCCAGUGUUACUUCUGGAGGAAACCUAUAAACUAAUCUAACUGUAGUUGUACUUGAUAGCUCUAUCAGUUCUGAACUGUUCUCCCUAGAGGUCCGACAGGAGGAAACCUAUAAACUAACUUUAUUUAUACUGGAUAGCUCUAUCAGUUCUAAACUGUUCUCUCCUAGAGAUCCAGUGUUACUUUAUGAGAUUACAUAACCUAAACUAACUUUAUUUAUACUGGAUAGCUCUAUCAGUUCUAAACUGUUCUUCCUAGAGGUCCAGUAAGGAUCAUUGCCUCCAGUGUUACUACAGGAGGAAACCUAAACUAACUUUGUAUUUACUUUGAAUUUCUAGGAUUGUGGUCAGGGGAAGGAUGACUUGAACCAGGUUGAACUGCAGUUGUGUAUUGAUUAUGUGAAUACAGAGGUGUCUGAGGAACAUGCCUGUAAGUGUGUCAUACUUUGAGUCAUUCUUAGCGCAGUAUUCCUCAGUUUCAGUAAACAUUUACGGGGAAGCAGAGUUGUGCCCUGAACAGAACUAUGGUUCGAUCGCGCCUGUUUUUGCCAUUAACGCUUUCCAGACUUCAUUGAUUCUGACUUUUCAUGAUAAGCUUACAAACGAAGAAAGCAUGUAUCAAAUUUGCCUGCUUUUAAUUCCGGACAAAAUUCGACCAAAAGAAAGAAAGAUAUAUGUAUAAAUUGUAAAAUACUCUGAAAGUAAUUCUUCUAUAGGAGAAGGCUUUUGAGAUGUUAAAAACAAACAAAUGUCUAUAUGCUAGAAAAUAAAAUUAGAUUGGUAUGAUUAGUAUGUGUAUAUAAAUGUAAAAAAGAAUUUUGUAAAAAAGAAGAAUUUUUUUAAAAUUGCGAGAAAAAUAUCGAAUACGUCAGCAUACUAAUCAAGUUUUAAUUUAUUCCACAUAUGAAAUAUCUCCCAGUUCUUCUGGCAAAUUUUUCGAACAAACUUUUGGCAAACAUUUUUAAAUAUUUUGAAUCAAAGGAUGAAAGUUAUUUUCAGCUAAAAUUAUUAGAAUUCCAAAGGAGGUUUUAUGUUAUUGCAAUCUGCCGAAAUAUAGGGUGGGGGGGGGGCUUCGACCCUCAUGCCCCCCUCCUCAAUACACUAUACAACCUUUGGCUUUUUUUAAACAUGGAAAUUUGUUUCUGUGUGCUUUAUCGCGAAAACCUCAACCUGUUUAUUCAGUUGCUAGCUUAUUAAUUAUUGAAACGAACAACGUGCAGGUGUUUUUCUUAAUAAUAUUCAAUGCAAAGUCGAGAGCUUAUAAAAGAAACGCUUUUCACUCUAUUAUAAAGUCACACGUCGAGUUUAAGCUCAGUUUUAAUUUGAGGUUUUCAGGGGUUUUUCACUGGUAUAGCCGUUAUUCAUUAAGAAAUUUUUAGGAGUUUUUAAAUAACUAUAUCUAAUUCCAAGAUAUUUUCAAUAAUAAUCUCCAAUGCAUGCAAUUAUAGUAGACAUGAUAUUACAAUAGCACAAGGUAAAUGGUGUAUUUUACGCGGUUUUUUGUCAAGAAAAUUGCAUAUGUCUCUUUAUUAGUGUUUUAAUUUCGUGCGGCGCUGUUUAAGUUUGCUCCAUGUUUUUUGCUAUGGCAACACAGUCUGGUGUUUUAGUUUACGUAUGUGUGUUUAAGACAAUUCAAACACGAGAAAACUUAUUUAAUUUGGAUUUUAAAGAGUGAAGCGCUUUAUUAACGAAAAGCUGUUUUAAAAAACUGUUAAAAGGGACCAUUUAACGGUUCUUGUAAACACGAAAGAGCUGAAAUCGCAGCGAAGUUGUUUUAUGCUAAAUCAACUUUAUACAUAAAGUUGUUUUGGCAAUUGUGAAGUAAAACAUCAACCGAACACAAGCAUUUUAUGCAUUCAAAAUUAGUGUGCUCAACAAGAUAAGACGAUUCAGAGAGCCAAGAGCAUCAAUUAGCCAAGUGAAGUUUUGAGAAACUUUGCAAGGUAAACAAAAUGAACGGCUCGGCCGAGAAGGAAGAGGAAGCCGUGAUUGGUCCUGUGAGACAUGUUCAAAGCGUUGAAUACGAAGAAAUAGUUCUAUCCGAUGAAGAACAGUUUAAUCCGCCGAUUGAAGAGGAAAGUGACAAUGAUUAUGAUACGGAUUUAGAAGAAGAAUCGAAACGCGCUGAAAAAUACGACAUUAGCGGAAGGAAAGUCUACCUUAAAGUAUGCGAAGACCUCAACAUCAUUCCCUGUUCGCCAUUUUUACGACAGCUGGAUCAGGAAGAUGUCAAUAUUAGCCACUAUAACGUCGGCCCUGUUGGCUGUGAGGCAAUUGCGAUCGCUUUGAUGAAAAAUACGAACGUUUUAACUCUUAAUAUCUCUGAUAAUGCAAUCGGUGGCGAAGGAGCGGUGUAUCUGUCGAAGUUAUUGACCGAGAACUGUUUCAUUUCUGGUCUUGAUAUUUCACAGAAUGCGCUCGGAACGCAAGGAGCGUACGCCGUUUGCGAAAUGCUACGGGACAACACGGAUUUGGUAGAGUUGAACGCGUCUUCGAACGACUUCAAGGAGAAAGAUUUUGAACCUUUCGUCGAAACGCUGAGGGAGAAUUUUACCCUGAAAAUUUUAAACCUGAGUGGUAACAGUUUCGAUUCGGUGGCUGGAUUGCUGAUGGGGCCUGCGAUCCGGGAUAACGUCGGUCUCGAAAUACUUGAUUUAAGCUGGAAUAACAUUCGCGGACGGGGCGCCGAGGUAAUUGGGGAAUCGUUAAGACACAACUGUUCUUUGAAAGCGCUAGAUUUGUCUUGGAACGGUUUCGGCGACGAAGGUACAAAGGCAAUCUGUGAGGCGUUGAUGGUUAAUGAUACGUUAAAAGAAUUAGACUUGACGAGCAAUAGAAUUACAACGCGAGGCGCACGCGAGUUGGUCAAGGCGCUUUCUGUGAAUACGACUCUACAGGUUUUGAGGCUCGGAAAGAACCAGUUCAGAUGGAAUGUGGCUUUGGAAAUAGUGAAAGCUGCCGUGGGGAAUGAAGAGGGACAGGCCCGGGAGUUUUAUUUUGAUGAUAUGCCAGUGAUUAAAGCAUUCGAAGAUGCUUUAGAUGAAAUAAUUAUUUCGUGUCCUGAUAUGAUGGUUCAAUGUGGAACGAAAUUGCGAGGCAAGGAUCGGACGAAGAAAAACAAGAAAAAGAGGGUAGGUUUUGUUUUAAUAUUGUGGAUAAAAGUCUAAGUCUAUGUGGAUAGGACAUCAGUGUUUCCUCAGAUUACCCAUACUCUGUUAACGUUCAAUUUGGUAUUUUUAUUUAGUGAAAUAGAACACAAGAGAGGCUUAAUUCCAUUCACAUGCGUGCUGUAUAACAUAGAUCUAAAAGCAUGCACUACCUCUGCAUGAUCUAACCAUGCUUAACUCAGCAGUAAGUUUUGUACAACAUCAGAUCACUUUAAGGUAGCCCACAAUCAAGAACAUGUACUGCCUGUGCAUGAUCUAACCAUGCUUAACUCAACAUUCAACAGUGAGUUCUGUACCACAUCAGAUCACUUUAAGGUAACCCACAUUCAAGAACAUGUACUACCUCUGCAUGAUCUAACCAUGCUUAACUCAGCAGUGAGUUUUGUACAACAUCAGAUCACUUUAAGGUAGCUCACAUUCAAGAUCAUGUACUACCUCUGCAUGACCUAACCAUGCUUAACUCAGCAGUAAGUUCUGUACAACAUCAGAUCACUUUAAGGCAGCUCACAUUCAAGAACAUGUACUACCUCUGCAUGACCUAACCAUGCUUAACUCAGCAGCAAGUUCUGUACAACAUCAGAUCACUUAAGGUAGGUCACAUUCAAGAACAUGUACUACCUCUGCAUGAUCUAACCAUGCUUAACUCAGCAAUGAGUUCUGUACAACUUCAGAUCACUGUAAGAUAGCUCAUAUUCAAGAACAUGUAUUACCUCUGUAUGAUCUAACCAUGCUUAACUCAGCAGUGAGUUCUAUACAACAUCAGAUCACUUAAGAUAGCCCACAUUCAAGAACAUGUACUACCUCUGCAUGAUCUAACCAUGCUUAACUCAGCAGUGAGUUCUGUACAACAUCAGAUCACUUUAAGGCAGCCCACAUUCAAGAACAUGUACUACCUCUGCAUGAUCUAACCAUGCUUAACUCAGCAGUGAGUUCUGUACAAAAUCAGAUCACUUUAAGGCAGCCCACAUUCAAGAACAUGUACUACCUCUGCAUGAUCUAACCAUGCUUAAACUAAUCAACUUUUCCAUUCGUUCCCAGGACCUUCUCAACCUGCUCCUCGAGUACAUUGAGAUGCGAGGAAUGCGCAUGUACGAUAUGUUCAAAUUGUUGGACAGAGAUAACAACAAUUACGUCACCCAUGACGAGAUCAUGGCUGGGCUCAAACGAACUGGACUUCCGAUGACUAACGACGAGAUCCGUCGGCUCAUUACGUUACUGGAUCGGAACAACGACGGAGCAAUAAGUUACAAGGAAUUCUUGCAAAUACGAAAAACGAAACUAUUCAACGAUUUUCACGCUCGGAACAAGAAAGUAAAAACGACUGAUGCUGUUUUGAAACGGAAGAUUAGUUACCUCAAGAAAUAGGGACACCUUUUAGACAAACCAAAGUAAACUAACUUUAAUUUUACUUGAUAGUUCUAAACUGUUAUCCCUGGAGGUCAAGUAAAAAUCUCACAACUUGUCAACAAGAUGUGUUCGCAACAGGCUUGUAGCAAGCUUGUCAACAAGUUGCUACAAGGUUGUCACUCACAACUUGUGGACAAAUUGUGGAAUUGCAGGAUGAUAACAAGUUGUUGGAACAACUUGUAACAAGCCUGUUGAGCUCAACAACCUUGUAGCAAGUUGUCAACAAGCUGGGAACAAGCAGUGCGAACACAUCCUGUUGACAAGUUGUUAGAACAGCAUUGCUACAAGUCUGCUGUGUGUGUUUCUAAGUCUGUGUAGUAGUUCUACAACACUGCUAACUUUUGCUAAUACAUUUGUAAAACUAUAAACAUUUCAAUUAUUCUCAUGUGUACUUUUGUAAAUUUCAUUAAAAAUCAAAUUAUGUAAUAUGAGGCCUUGUCAAAAAUCAAUACUAGCCUAAUAAAAGGGCACAAAUUAUUCUUGCGAGUUAUACGUCACAAAGCACUAUCAGGCCGCAGAUGAUGGUCAAGGGACCGUUAUCAGAGUGAGAAAAUAAUGUUUAUGUUAAUAUACACCUUUCCGGACUUAGCCUCGGCUCCACUAUAAAGCCUCAUUCUCAUCAUUGAGACGUUGGGCUUUUAACUAAUGUCACAUACACAAAAACGAUGCCCUAGCCAAAGUGACUUAUCAUCCAGAAGGGUGUAUUCUUUUAUUAUAUAUAGUUGUCUUAAAUGGUGGUGAAUGAGAGAGAUUUAGUUUAAAUUUCAUGAUUUUAAAAGCUGUCAACAUUUCUCAAGUCAUAGUCAAUAAAUUAAGAAGGUUAGGGAACUCGAUGCAGCCGUAACAGACCUCGUUAUCUAUGUUGUUCAUCUCUUGGUUUAUGCACGAAAUGGUUGGUUCAUCGUCACGUGUGUAUUGUAUUUUCGCACAACCAACUAAUAGCAGUGUGUUGGUUUAAUUACCCAGUCGUGAUAUUACACAAUGGUUAACGUGCGACUAACCACUAAUAUGAUUUUUUGUAUGUGUAAUAUUUGGGUCAUUCGAAGUAGAAAUGUAAUACAUCUUUAUAAUAAAAAAUCCCAUCUUGACCAACUUUUUCACUGCGGCCAAAGUUUGUGGAUAUGAUGUCAUUAGGUGAAUUGCAAAUUAGUUUUCCUUUGUUUUUUUUGUACCAAAAAUUCACCUAAUGACAUCAUAUCUGGAACUUGACAGUGAAAAAGUUGAUCAAGAUGAGGUUUUUUACUAUAAAGAUACAUUACAUUUCUUCUUAGAAUGACCCAAAUAUUACACAUACAAAAAAUCAUAUUUGGAGUAAGUCACACUUUAAGUGAAAACAUAGUUAUUGGUUGCUCUGGCGAAAAUACAAUACACACGUGACGAUGAACCAACCAUUUUGUUGAACCAAGACAAAAAUAUAGAUAAUGAGGUCUAGUAUGUCUGCAUCAAGUUCCCUAAUUUUCUUAUUCUAUUGUCCAGGUCGACCACAUUCAUAGCAGCCAUCAUAUGAGCUUAAUAACAUUACAAUUCUAUUGUGUUGCAUAGUUGCAUACUGCUUAGAAACGAGGGAGUCUCGCGAAACAGGUAACAUGACGUUUCAUAAUUUUUGUAGUAAUUACCGCUGUGCAGGCGAUCAACAGGACCAUCGAGGAAGACAAUCCAGCAGCUACUCUGACGUCAUUACAACAAGAUCCCGCGAAACUGAAAAAUAUACUUCCGGAAAAUGCUCUCCUGUAUCAAGCAUUGCUUUAUGCUGAGAAACAGGAGAAAAAGAAGGUACGUCCCUCCCCCCCCCCCCUGAAUGAGGCUUGGAAUCCAAAGUUUAUACUGGAUAGCUCUAUCAGUUCUAAACUGUUUUCCCAGAGGUCCAGUAAGGAUCAUCUCUUAUUGAUCCAGUAUUACUACAGGAGGAAACCUAAACUAAACUAACUUUAUUUAUACUGGAUAGCUCUAUCAGUUCUAAACUGUUCUUCCUAGAGGUUCAGUAAGGAUCAUCUCUUAUUGAUCCAGUGUUACUACAGGAGGAAACCUAAACUAAACUAACUUUAUUUAUACUGGAUAGGUCUAUCAGUUCUAAACUGUUCUCCCUGGAGAUCCCGUAAGGAUCAUCUCUUAUUGAUCCAGUAUUACUACAGGAGGAAACCUAAACUAAACUAACUUUAUUUAUACUGGAUAGCUCUAUCAGUUCUAAACUGUUCUCCCUAGAGAUCCCGUAAGGAUCAUCUCUUAUUGAUCCAGUAUUACUACAGGAAGAAACCUAAGCUAAACUAAUUUUAUUUAUAUUGGAUAGCUCUAUCAGUUCUAAAAUGUUCGCGGUAGAGGUCCAUAGAACCGUCUCGCGUUGAUCUAGCAUCAUUACUGGAGCAAUCUUGUGGAAGCGGUGUUUGGAAGCACUUUUCUCACAUGUAAUUGACGGGAAAUUGUAAUAACACAACUGUAUAUUGCAGGAACAAUGCCUUAAGAUUAAACCUAAAACUUUUCCUAAUUUAAAAGUAAUUCUAAUUUUUUACGAUAGUAGUUAAUGUUUCUGAUGUUAAAUAUUUGUUGUAGAGAGUAAAGAAAGCGCGAAAGGUAAACAAAUUAAAACAAAUUAAAAUGAUUUAAAUAAAUAAAUAAAUAAAGAUAAUUUAAAUGAAUAAAUGCAUUAGUAAAGAUCGAUAAAUGAUAAAUUUAGAUCAGCUAAAAUUUCGAACUUAAAAUGUUAAAUAGAGAGGCAUAAAUACAUUUGUACAUGUAAAAUGAAUAUCUAAACCUUUGCAACAAACAUUUUGGUGACUGUGACUGUUAUGGGUGCCAACAAAUCUGUUUCUGUGUUGUUUCUUAGAAAACAGACGAUCCUUCUGCUGAGUUGUGGCAUGACGAAAUUCAGAGAAUUAUCGAUAAAUGUAAUCUUUAUGCAAUCGAUGCUCGUAAACGUAAGUAAACAUGAAUAUCAACAUAAUCAACACAUGUUUAUCCCAAUUCCUACCGAAUUUCCUUUCCCAAAUUACUCGCAUGCCUAGUUACAACUGUUCUGAUAAUGUAAGCAUAGAAUGGAACAAAGGUAACCAAGCAUUUAAAUUAUAUAUGUGAGUGAAUUAGGUGGGAUAACUCACAUGCCUAGUUACCACUGUUCUGAUAAUGUAAGCAUAGAAUGAAACAAAGGUAACCAAGCAUUUAAAUUAUAUAUGUGAGUGAAUUGGGUGGGAUGACUCACAUGCCUAGUUACCACUGUUCUGAUAAUGUAAGCAUAGAAUGGAACAAAGGUAACCAAGCAUUUAAAUUAUAUAUGUGAGUGAAUUGGGUGGAAUAACUCACAUGUCUAGUUACCACUGUUCUGAUAAUGUAAGCAUAGAAUGGAACAAAGGUAACCAAGCAUUUGAAUUAUAUAUGUGAGUGAAUUGAUAACUCACAUGCCUAGUUACCACUGUUCUGAUAAUGUAAGCAUAGAAUGGAACAAAGGUAACCAAGCAUUUGAAUUAUAUAUGUGAGUGAAUUGAUAACUCACAUGCCUAGUUACCACUGUUCUGAUAAUGUAAGCAUGGAAUGGAACAAAGGUAACCAAGCAUUUGAAUUAUAUAUGUGAGUGAAUUGAUAACACUCACAUGCCUAGUUACCACUGUUCUGAUAAUGUAAGCAUAGAAUGGAACAAAGGUAACCAAGCAUUUCAAUUAUAUAUGUGAGUGAAUUGAUAACUCACAUGCCUAGUUACCACUGUUCUGAUAAUGUAAGCAUAGAAUGGAACAAAGGUAACCAAGAUUUAAAUUAUAUAUGUGAGUGAAUUGAUAACUCACAUGCCUAGUUACCACUGUUCUGAUAAUGUAAGCAUAGAAUGGAACAAAGGUAACCAAGCAUUUAAAUUAUAUGCGAGUGAAUUGAUAACUCGCAUGCCUAUUUACCACUGUUCUGAUAAUGUAAGCAUAGAAUGGAACAAAGGUAACCAAGCAUUUAAAUUAUAUAUGUGAGUGAAUUGAUAACUCACAUGCCUAGUUACCACUGUUCUGAUAAUGUAAGCAUAGAAUGGAACAAAGGUAACCAAGCAUUUAAAUUAUAUAUAUGAGUGAAUUAUUGAUAACUCACAUGCCUAGUUACCACUGUUCUGAUAAUGUAAGCAUAGAAUGGAACAAAGGUAACCAAGCAUUUAAAUUAUAUAUGUGAGUGAAUUGAUAACUCACGUGCCUAGUUACCACUGUUCUGAUAAUGUAAGCAUAGAAUGGAACAAAGGUAACCAAGCAUUUAAAUUAUAUAUGUGAGUGAAUUGAUACCUCACAUGCCUAGUUACCACUGUUCUGAUAAUGUAAACAUAGAAUGGAACAAAGGUAACCAAGCAUUUAAAUUAUAUAUGUGAGUGAAUUGAUAACUCACAUGCCUAGUUACCACUGUUCUGAUAAUGUAGGCAUAGAAUGGAACAAAGGUAGCCAAGCAUUUAAAUUAUAUAUGUGAGUGAAUUGAUAACUCACAUGCCUAGUUACCACUGUUCUGAUAAUGUAAGCAUAGAAUGAAACAAAGGUAACCAAGCAUUUAAAUUAUAUAUGUGAGUGAAUUGGGUGGGAUGACUCACAUGCCUAGUUACCACUGUUCUGAUAAUGUAAGCAUAGAAUGGAACAAAGGUAACCAAGCAUUUAAAUUAUAUAUGUGAGUGAAUUGAUAACUCACAUGCCUAGUUACCACUGUUUUGAUAAUGUAAGCAUAGAAUGGAACAAAGGUAACCAAGCAUUUAAAUUAUAUAUGUGAGUGAAUUGAUAACUCACAUGCCUAGUUACCACUGUUCUGAUAAUGUAAGCAUAGAAUGGAACAAAGGUAACCAAGCAUUUAAAUUAUAUAUAUGAGUGAAUUGAUAACUCACAUGCCUAGUUACCACUGUUCUGAUAAUGUAAGCAUAGAAUGGAACAAAGGUAACCAAGCAUUUAAAUUAUAUAUGUGAGUGAAUUGAUAACUCACAUGCCUAGUUACCACUGUUCUGAUAAUGUAGGCAUAGAAUGGAACAAAGGUAGCCAAGCAUUUAAAUUAUAUAUGCGAGUAAAUUGGGUGUCACAAAUAAACAUAAAUCAGUUCAUUGGAUCUCUUGCCAAGCUAUAAAGUAUUUGUCGUAUUCCAGGUUAUGAACGCUACAAUGCGAUCAGAGCGGACCCAUGUUUGAUCUUCCUCAAGAAAUGUGGUCCUCCUACGUCAUCUGAUGAAGCAACCACUGGUGACGCCAUUGAUGGAGAAGGAUUAAGGUAAGACAUUGAGAAAAGUUUCAAUAUUAACACGCGUUGAAGAGUUGAUCGCUUUCGCCUGUUUGAAAACAAACCACCAAGUUUAAUUAAUCGUUGGAUGCACGUUUAAAAGCGUGGCCAAGGUAUUGUCAUAGGGAUGACCGUCGCUGUUUGUCACAAGAGUAUCGCCUCAUUAUUGGCCAGUUAUUUAACUCGUUGUAAACUUGGAUUUCCUCUGAUGAAGACACCGGGUUGAAGUGUUGAAACUUGAAACUUGAAACGUUGGAUCGUGAAUUACAUUCAUUUACUUCAACCAGAGUAGCAAAACAUGUCUGAUAUUAUACUCGGUUGCAUGAAGACACUAGACUGGAGUAUUGAAACUUUGGAUCUAGUGAAUGUAACUCGUUUGGGGAUUACAUUCAUUUACUUAAACCAGAGUAGCAAAACAUGUCUGAUAUUAUACUCGGUUGCAUGAAGAAACUAGACUGGAGUAUUGAAACGUUGGAUCGUGAAUGUAACUUUGGGGAUUACAUUAUACAUUUACUCCACUUAAACCAAAGUAGUGAAACAUGUCUCAUUUAAUACUUGAUUAAAACUUUAUCCAGCUUAACUAUAUCAUGUGGCUAAAACAAUGGUCAAUCCUAAGCCUUAUAUAUGCUUGUUAAAAGAUAAGAACACUUUGUUUCAACAGGGUAGCCCAUUCAGCACAAUUGCUGGUAUCCAUAGGGGCCCUGGGGUCAAGGUCACAUCAUUUUGAGACAAUAUAGAUGCAAAGUAAACAACUUCUGUCUUGUCGAUUAUUUCCUCAACCCACCAGCAAAAACUAUCCUUUAAAGCCUGCUUCACACUGGCAAUUUCUUCGGCGAUUUUGUUUUUCUAACGGAUGUAAAUGAGUGAACUCGUACACAAAAAUAUAGAGUCGCUUUUCAGAAGUAAACAACACUAAGUCUUUUGCAUCUCAUUCAUUCAAUCACAUUUACCAGGAGAAGAAAAAUCCCCGAUAGAAUGGACAUUUGCAUUAUAGACUAAAUUUUGAUCUAGACAAAAAUUUCAUCACAGCUUGAAAGAGCAUCACAAAAUUAGUAAUAUUUCAAAGUUUCGUUGCGAAAUGUUGUAAAAUGCGGAUAAUAUAGCCAUGCGAAAUUUGCAAUUUUCAGUCAUUUUGUAUUACAAACGGGAAAUUGACAGCCCCAACACCCGAUUGGGCUGUCAAUUUCCCGUGCGUAAUACAAAAUGACUGAAAAACGGCAAACUUAGCAUGGCUAUAUUAUCCGCAUUUUACAACAUUUCGCAACGAAACUUUGGAAUAUUACUAAUUUUGUGAUGCUCUUUCAAGCUGUGAUGAAAUUUUUGUCUAGAUCAAAAUUUAGUCUAUAAUGCAAAUGGUCCAUUGCUGGUGUGAACCAGCUUAACUUCGUUUCUCUCGCAGGGAAGAGGACGAAAACAAUGAUGACCCUGACUAUCAGUUACCUCAAGACAGAAAAAAUGAGGAUGUGGAAUCCGAUGAUGAUGUCGAUUUUGACAUGGAAGGAAAAGUACUUGCAUCUUUGUUUGUUGCCUAAUUUGUUUGUUUGAUGUUAUUACAUGGUUUAAAAUAAAUGUUUUGAUAUAUUUGUAGGCUGUUUGGUACAUGUACCUUUUUUGUACCGACGACUUUUUUCAGCUUUCAGUCUCUGAUAUGGCGAACAUGAAUAUUACUAACAUCUGACUACGAAUGUGCGGAAAAUACCUCGCCAUGAACAAAGACGCAUGCCUUUUAAUACCAAGGACACAGAUUGAAUUUAAGUUUCCAAUCAAGUUUGACAGAAAAAUUACAAAUUGGCAACAAAAAUAGAUCAUAUAAAUUAUGCGUUGCUCUUUUAUAUGAAUUAUGCUGGACAAUGAUUAAUGAUUUCCAUACGACUCCCGCCGUUCCCAUCACUCGCAGAAAGUAUUUUAUGUCAAGACGGAAUCUUUUUUUAAUUAAAAACCUAUAAAAUAAUCGUAAAGAUUAACUGAUUACGGAGAACAACUCUGCAUUUCUAAUUUAAAAGUCGCCAGCUAGCAAUAUGAAAAUGCCGCCGACAGCCGGCUGCUAUUUUAAACCCUGUAAAUAAUUAUCUUCGCACUUUGAUAUGAUGUUUUCACAUGUUAGACUACUGAUAUUCUACGGAUGAAAAUUAACGACUGAUCAAAGUGUUGUGCCUUGUUACAAUCUAUGCUUGGUGGCACUGUUAAAAACUUGUGUUCACGUUACUUUUCUUUCAUUUGAAGGAAUCUCGUCCUGUUGUUAAAGAAGAAGUAAAGGUCGAAAAACCACCACCAGUUGUGGAAGGUAAAGAAAUGUUAAACUCUCGCUCUAUACCUAUGGAGACUAUGGCUUAUACCUAGAGCGCUGCACUGGAAUCGCAGCUUCAAUUCCAGCCAGAGAGCCAUGGCCGGAUUUUGUGGGGAAGUGCGCCACCUCCCCUGAGAUCGUUUUGCACCUGCCCUUGGGAAAGUUUCAAUGAUAGAUCAAAGUGAAAAUUUGAUAUUUUUUGGUUGCUUAGGUUGUCUACACUGCGUGAGAACGUUUUCUUUGUAAAACUGAAACAGUGAUAGCCAUUCAUCUGUGUGUCAAGUACCCAUUUAAUGCAAUGAUUUGAAAGAAACUUUGUAGUAAUUGUAAUGAAGAGCAAAAUUGGAUGAGUUGUACAGUCAUAAUUCAUUAAUACACUGAUACAUAUGUACACUACACGCAUACGUCACAUGGUUGAUUUUGCCUGUUCUAAGCCCUAACUUUCCAUGGGGGUCGUGAGCUAGACCGCUGCACCUCCCCUUAAUUUUUUCCACUUUCCCCACUAUUUCCACCAAAAUCCGACCUUGCAGAGAGCCUAUAGUUGCAAUUUUUGGAACUAUUCUAAUCAAUGUAUAAAAUUUACACUCGUAAUUUUCAUCUACAGAAACCAUUCAAAUUUGUAUUCUACUGUUCUUCAGGUUCUCAAACUAACCCUGCUUCUACCUCCAAUUUCCUUCCUUGGCCAUCACCGUCGGACCUCAAUACCAGACUGCGGAGAAUUGUCGCCGGAUUUCAGCGCAUUUUGAGGAAAGAAGAGCUGAAACGAGUAGCAGUAGAGAAGGUGGGUGAUAGGACUGGUUAUAUCAAUUGUAAAUGUUGAACUGAACUAACUUUAUUUAUACUGGAUAGUCUAUCAGUUCUAAACUGUUCUCCCUAGAGAUCCAGUAAGGAUCAUCUCUUAUUGAUCCAGUGUUACUACUGGAGGAAACCUAAACUAAACUAACUUUACUUAUACUGAAUAGCUCUAUCAAUUCUAAACUGUUCUUCCUAGAGGUCCAGUAAGGAUCAUCUCUUAUUGAUCAAGUGUUACUACAUGAGGAAACCUAAACUAAACUAAACGAUCUUUAUUUAUACUGAAUAGUUCUAUCAGUUCUAAACUGUUCUUCCUAGAGGUCCAGUAAGGAUCAUCUCUUAUUGAUCCAGUGUUACUACAGGAGGAAACCCUAAACUAAACUAACUUUAUUUACACUGGAUAGCUCUACCAGUUCUAAACUGUUCUUCCUAGAGGUCCAGUAAGGAUUAUCUCUUAUUGAUCAAGUGUUACUACAUGAGGAAACCUAAACUAAACUAACUUUAUUUAUACUGGAUAGCUCUAUCAGUUCUAAACUGUUCUUCCUAGAGGUCCAGUAAGGAUCAUCUCUUAUUGAUUCAGUGUUACUACAGGAGGAAACCUAAACUAAACUAACUUUAUUUAUACUGGAUAGCUCUAUCAAUUCUAAACUGUUCUUCCUAGAGGUCCAGUAAGGAUAAUCUCUUAUUGAUCCAGUGUUACUACAGGAGGAAUUACCUAAACUAAACUAACUUUAUUUAUACUGGAUAGCUUUAUUAGUUCUAAACUGUUCUUCCUAGAGGUCCAGUAAGAAUUAUCUCUUAUUGAUCCAGUGUUACUACAGGAGGAAACCUAAACUAAACUAACUUUAUUUAUACUGGAUAGCUCUAUUAGUUCUAAACUGUUCUUCCUAGAGGUCCAGUAAGGAUCGUCUCCAGUGUUACUGCAGGGUGAAACCUGAACUAAACUAGUUUUAUUGAUACUGGAUAGUUCUGUCAGUUCCAUCCAGAAGUAACCAUUGCAGGCUACUGUUGCAGUUGACGUUCUCCUGAAAUUAAAGCUUUAUUUUGUUGGUUUAGGAAAAUCGACGAAAGGAAAAAGUCGAGGAAGCUGUGAGGCAGAAAGAAUUAAAGAAAGCAGAACAAGCUCAAAAGUAAGUUCGUAUUUUAGGUUCCUGGGGCUUUGACACAUGAUGAAAAGGCAUGUGUCACGUUUAUCUGAUUGUUGUGAUGAACCUACCAUGUUGCUGCCUUCCUUCUGAUGUCUUUGUUCUCAAGCCUCACUAUCGCUGUGUAAUGCACCCAACAAAACAAUAAUUUUCCAGAAAGCUUUUACGACUGUUUGAGUAGCGGAUUUCGUGCAUUCAGUGCAAAAUGUCGCGCGAUCGACUUUUUGCGAUCGCUUUCUUGUGAAAUACAAACAGCCAAGUGGAACAAAUCUCAUUAGCUGCAGUUGACUGCACACAUUUCAAAAGAAAGUGCGACAUUUUGCACUGAAUGGAAAAUCCAUCACCACAGCUAGAAAGAGCAUGUUAAAAUUAGUAAAAUUGCAAAGAGUAGUUGCGAAAUGUUGUAAAAUGAGGAAAAUAUAGCCCUACGAAAUUUGCAAGUUUUGUAUUAAUUAUUACUUUCGGCCCAAAUGUGGUGCAUUUUCCCGCGCGUAAUACAAAUUAAUACAAAAUUUGCAAAUUUCGCAGGGCUAUGUUUUCCGCAUUUUACAACAUUUCGCAGCCAAACUUUGCAAUUUUACUAAUUUUAACAUGCUCUUUCUAGCUGUGGUGAUGGAUUUUGUUCUUCUUGCCUAGAUCAAAAUUUAGUCUGUACUAUAAUUGCCUAUUCAUCCCGGUCUGAAGAUACUGUAGUCGGUUCGGUCCAGCGAGCAAGAGAUGACUUCAGAGCGGUCUGAGCAAUUUUUUUCAUCCCGGUCUUAUGUAAACAUCUAUUAUUAAUAAUACUCUGACCAAAAUGAAAUCGUCCCGUUUUGACUUCGUCCAUGUAAACGGGACCUAAUUAAACAAAAGUAAGAUAUCCUGAGCGAUAGCCUACCGAAUGACAUGUCUUGUGUAAUGUGUCUUAAACAUGCUUCCUUGGCUUAUCUAGGUGGUCAAAACGCGAAGAAGUUGACUUCUAUCGUUGUGUAUCGACUUACGGUGUUCACAUCAAUCCAACCACGCAAGAGUAUGAUUGGUCGAAAUUUAGGUUGGUUUCUACGGAUUUGAACUAGUAUAUCCUUGAUUCAUGCAUGAAUUAUUUUUAAAGACACAUGAUGAAAAGGCAUGUGUCACGUUUAUCUGAUUGUUGUUGAUGAACACACCAUGCUGCUGCCUUCCUUCUGAUGUCAAUGAAAUUUGUAUUAGGGUUUAAGACGAACAUGGGUCUUUCCAUCGGCAAAACCCUUCUACGUGCUGUCGGGAAAAUAAUCAGAAUCGUUAAUUUGCCUUGAUAGCUUUUUAGAUACAGUAGUACUUCUAAAAAUAACAAAAUUGACUCUUAUUCUCUUCAAGACAAAUGGCUCGCUUGGACAAGAAGAAUGAUGAUCGCCUUUCACAAUACUUCAAGGAAUUCCUGGCGAUGUGUAAGCGAGUGUGUGGUCGAGCUACUGACGAGGAAAUUAUCCUAGGUAACCAUUCCUUA